AUGUGGCUCUACCGCGGCGCGCAGUCGGCCGUCUUCUACUAUGUCACCUGCACCCCCUGCGCUAACAGCCUCGAUCGCCGGAAACGCAAGAAGGAUGCCGCUCGCACUCAGCGACUAAAGGAUAAAUAUAGCGACCACCAUGCCCACCUCGUUUCCGACCAGCCGCGCCCCUUUCCGCAGCCUACGCCCUUCAGCACGAAUGACGGCUGGCGAGAUGAAAUCGCUCUGGGUCCCGGGCCUCCAGCUCGACGGGGCGGGCAACGCAAUAAUAUCCGGCGCGCUGAUAGUUGGAAUACCGACCAGGACAACCAGGACUCGUUGGCAGAGAGCAAUAAGAGCGGGAGCUUGAUGCAUCCGCUAGGUGAGCGGUGGAAUAAUUGGAUGCGGUAUCAGCGGGAAGAUGAGCCGCUUUGGGGUCAGGAAGUGCGUGGGUCGUCGAUUGGGUUCUCGGGUCGUGGACGCGCGGAUCCGAACGAGUCGUCGAAAUAUUAUAUCGCCCGCGUGCCGCCCGUUAAUGACCUCCAUCCGCCGAUUGUCAGCGGACCGCGCAAUCGUACUGAGACCCGGUGGAUGUUGCAACCACCACCGACUGCCCGCGUCAUGGCUGGAAAGGAGAGGUUCAACUUGGCCGCCCGUGACAGUAUUGGCGAUGACAAACGCCGGUCUCGCCUGAUCCAGGAGAACACGGAUUCGAACGAGAGCAGCGUAGUGCGAAGCAACAACGAGGCCGGUGAUGGGGCUUUUGAUCGCUUAUCUCUGCCCCGCCGGCCAUCCAUGACCCGUCUCAAAUCCGAGAGUGCCCUGCUCGACACCCAUCACACCACACUUCAUUAUCACUCCGACUCGAUGUUUUCCAUGGCCAACUCUGACGACCACUCUCCUACCGUCUCAUGGAAUCACCCGGAUACCCCUGCCACCAGACCAGACUCCAAGGCCACCGAUGAUAGCGGCAAACUGCCGCGGCAGCAGCUCUCCAAGACUUUGUCCACAUUGCAGCGAGACAACAACAAGGUCCAUAUGCUGCAGCUGGAGAUUAGCGAUGAUUCCCGCGACGACGUCGGAUUCGGCCAACUCGAGCGCAUUCGCCCAUGGCGCUGGAGUAUGGAUAUUUGA